CUACAUGAGCCUCCCAGCUGACUGGCAGGGCUAGCAUCAAAUCGCAGUAUCUUGAGAAGAGCAAAACACUGCAGCAGACUGGAAGCCCUAAGUUGGUGUCUAAAAUCUCGGGAAAGAUAAGCUGUUGUGUUGGUGACCUAUUGGAAAUACGGAUUGAUCCACACCUCUUCCUGGAGUGACUGGAUUGUCCCUGCUUUGUCAUGCAGGGAAAAAAGGAGACAGCAGCAGAACAGCAAUUGUGAGGAUGCUCGGAUUCCACUGACCAGCCCAUUCUUUAGCUCAGGGGAGCAAGAUGGAAAAGGAGAAGUGGUGUAAAGUAAUGGGCCAGGAGGCACUGGCCAUGCCCAGGUCUCUUCUCUAAAGAGCGGUUGCGGAUGUUGAGGAAGCCGCAAGGGAGAUGCGUGAAUAAACCAAAAUGGAAGGAGGGAAUGGCCCAGAUUUGCAGCUCCAGCAACUUCCUCUCGCAACAGCUGCCAUAUCUCUACUGCCCCAUGAGGAUCCCUAUUCUUACAAGGAAAACUUGAUCGGUGCAUUACUGGCUAUAUUUGGUCAUCUAGUUAUCAGUAUUGCACUCAACCUCCAGAAGUAUAGCCACAUCCGGCUGGCAGGUUCAAGAGACCCCCGGGCCUAUUUCAGGACCAAGACAUGGUGGUGUGGUCUGUUCUUUCUGCUGCUGGGAGAACUGGGGGUGUUUUCGUCCUAUGCCUUUGCACCUCUUUCACUGAUUGUGCCACUCAGUGCGGUGUCUGUUAUAGCUAGCGCAAUCAUAGGAAUUAUAUUCAUUAAAGAAAAGUGGAAACCCAAAGACUUCCUGAGACGCUAUGUUUUGUCCUUCCUAGGCUGUGGUUUGGCGGUUGUUGGAACUUACCUGCUGAUAACAUUUGGACCCAACAGUCAUGAGAUGAUGACAGGAGACAAUAUAACUAAGCAUUUAGUCAGCUGGCCAUUCCUUUUAUAUAUGCUUGUGGAAAUCAUACUGUUCUGCCUGCUGUUAUAUUUUUACAAAAGGAAAAAUGCAAACUACAUAGUAGUUAUUCUUCUGCUGGUAGCAUUGCUGGGGUCUAUGACUGUAGUGACUGUGAAGGCUAUAGCAGGCAUGAUUGUUGUCUCAAUACAAGGAAGCCUCCAGCUUGGCUACCCUAUAUUCUAUAUCAUGUUGGUAUGCAUGGUUGCAACAGCCGUAUUUCAGGCAAGGUUUUUAACCCAAGCCUCACAGCUGUAUGACUCAUCUCAGAUUGCCAGCAUAGGAUACAUCCUGUCCACAGCAACAGCGAUUACAGCAGGAGCAACCUUCUACUUGGACUUCACUGGUGAAGAUGUUCUCCAUAUAUGCAUGUUUGCACUAGGGUGCCUCAUUGCAUUUUUAGGUGUCUUCUUAAUCACAAGAAACAAGAAGAAAUCCAUACCAUUUGAACCCUACAUCUCCAUGGAUGCUAUGCCAGGCAUGCAGAAUGUGCACGACAAAGGAAUUGCAGUUCAGCCUGACCUCAAAGCUUCCUUUUCCUAUGGUGCCCUGGAGAACAAUGAUAGCAUGGCAGAGAUCUACACUCCAGCCACACUGCCAGUAGUGCAAGAGGAGCAUGGUUCCAAAGGAGUUUCUGCACUGCCCUACCGUGUGCUGGAGCACAGUAAAAAGGAGUGAGUGCUCUUUAAGAAGCUGACUUCGGGCAACAAGAGUGUGGUCUUUUAUUUAUUUAUCGCGUUGGUUUUUGGAUCCAUUAAAAUAUAAAUGAGUAUGUUAAAGCUGAACUCCGUAUGGUUUAAAACUAGUCUCAAACUUAACUUUCAGGACGGAUUAUUUGAAUAAAGGACUCUGUAUAGUUGUGAA